GAACAAUUCUUACUGUUUUUGAAAAUUUUAAUAACUAAAAUGUCUUAGGAUUUUUAGGCUUUAUCAGAGUUUGCAUUAUUGUUUUAUUUUUUAAACAUGGGAUCUGCCGAAGACAAUAUUCUUUAUAAGUCGACAAUAAACACACUUUAUAAAAAGUUUAAAUGGAAAUGUGAAUUCAUUUGUGACGAGGGACAACAUACCAUAUUCGUCGUUUUCGACCCGGAUCGCAAACGCAAAAUGAGAGUGAAGAUUUCACCAUCUACAAGUGUUAAACGAACAGAAGAAAUAGUCGAAUGGCCGAAUCUUUUUCAUCCAAAUAUCCUCCCUCUUUACAACAUCUUUCGAUAUGAUCAGAGAAUUCGAAUAUUUCUUAUGCCUUACACUGAAAGCACCAUGGCUGAGCAGUUGCAUCCAGAGAGAACUAGAAAUCUAUUCGGCGGAUUUUUAACAGUAAAAAAGUGGCUCUACCAAAUUUUAUCUGCUUUGGAUUAUCUUCACGUUCGGAAUCUUCACCAUCUAAAUUUGAAUUUAGAGAAUCAAUUGAUAACUGACCGUGGCAAUAUUCGGCUAUCCGAUUUCGAACAUUUGAAUAGCAAGAACAAAAUUAUUAAAAUAGAUGAAGUGGGAAUGAAAACAGUAUAUAGACCUCCAGAACUAUGCUGGUAUGAAGAAAAUCAAAUUGGAAAAAAGGAAUUUGUAGCGUCUCACCUCGAUUUAUGGGCUUAUGGAAUUAUAUCGCUACAAGCCAUAACGGCUCAAAAAUUAAAUCUAGAUCCGAUCCGAUGGCAGUGUAAUUCUCAUUUAUCCAACUGGAGAUUGUGGAAGAUCGAAGUUGGAGAUACUCUAAACUUGAUCACAAGAAAACCCGCUUACUUCCAAUAUAUUCUACAAAGUUCUUAUCCAACUACAAUAUUUACUAAACGAGAUAUUCGAAAUUGCUAUGCCUUUCUAUAUUCGUUUUUGAGAGAAGACCCAGAAAACAGAUUACCUGUGAAAUAUGCCAUCAAGCAUAAUUUUUUGAGUCCUUACAAUAGGGAACGAUUAUCGACGCCAACCUGCGAACUCACUCUAGAAGAUAAAUUAGGAAAAACAGCAUCUUUAUCAUGUCUACAGAUUACUUAUCCAAUUAUUGAGAAUGAGAGUAAAAAAAAUAUAGAAAUACCAGGAAAAGCUAAAAUAAAGAAGAUAAAAAGAGUUGAAUCUUGUCCAAAUUCUCUAGAAUAUUUCGUAAAACCGAAUAAAAAUAUAAGCAUUUGAAAAAGUAUUUUUCUAUCACUUAACGGAGAUAAAAAUGAUCGACGAAAUUAUAAAUUACUUUAAUUGUCAUACAAUAAAUUCAAAUAAAUAAAAUCGAUUUCAGUUAA